CAUUAAUUAAAACGUCAACAUCCGUUUUGAAACAGAUUUGUUGACGAUUUCAUAAACUUAUUUUUAGCAUUGAAUGAACUUGUCUUUAUCAUAGUGUAUUCAUAUGUCAGUGAUCACAGUACGUUGAAUUAUUUUCUGACAGAUUGUUAACAAAGAUUAGAUACAGAUUACUUCUACAUGUACAUGUAUCCAUCAAUAAGGGAGAAGUAUUUUCUAUGAACAGUUUUCUAUCAAGUUUGUCGCGACCUUUCAACAGGUCUACUUCUGUUCACAGUCAGAAAGAUGCUCCACUGGAUGAAACACACAGGGGCUCAGAACAUGAGGCAGAUGGGUUCCUGCUAGUGGGACAGACAGCAAGUGAACGCACCACAGUGUACGGUAACAUGUUCAACUCCAGUGGGAUGGAUGCUCCACCAAGUUAUGAGCAGAUGCAGGGUAGUGGUUUCCAUCGCUACUCAGGUCAAACAGGUCACAGCCUUGCAUUCCAGUCCCCCACCCUAGAUGUUUCACAAUGGCGGAAGAGCAACCCUGGUGCAAGCAUGCAUGCGGAUGAAAAUUCACAACCUCUUGCUGAUCAGUCAGAUAGUCUUUCUACAAGGCAUCAUGUUGGUGCAUUGACUGGAGUUCCGUUCCAGAUGUGCAAACAGUUGUCAUCGUUACAAACUCACAGACACAUUUGCAGCAGUGAUAUAUGGCAUCUCUCUGACUUUGACCUUUCUAGAUAUGAAUAUGACUUCAAUAUUGAGCAAUCUUACCUAGAUGAGCAUCCUAAUUCCAUAGAGCAAGACAGCAUGCAAUGGUCACGUUAUUUGCACCAGUGAUAGCGUGUUAUAUCAUAAGGCAGAUGGGAAUUUAUGGAGAAAUUACACAAACUUAAUUGUUACAGAUAUUUAGGUAUACAGGAUCAAAACCUUUGUAAAGUUUGUAAAUCAACUUGAAUAUGAAGUCUUAUUCCUGUUGUAUGCUAAACUUAUGUAUCUUUCUGUCAAAUAUCAAAUGUUUCAUAAAUGAUUGUGUUACCUUUAUCCUAUUUUACUCCUUGUAUUGUGCUGGUCAUCAUGUUUUGCAAAAGACAUUCAGUAAAUACUCUCCUGAGGAAACUUAACUUGAUAAGAUAAAAGCAAUGCAUAAUUAUAUCUCUCUUGGAGGGUACCAUUCCAUAACUUAUGCAUGUGUUUAACAGUGUAUAAUAGUAAGACUGUGUUUAGUCGACUUGAUGAGUCCCAUUUAAAGUCUAUUUUUCGUAAUUUUUCUAUUUAUCAAUGAAACUAACUUACAUGAAGACACAUUUAUCAUUUUUGUUAAACACAUUUGAAAGGAAUUGAUGCUUAAGACAAUAAUUCUCUGUAAAUCAACGAUAAUUAUGACCUUUUAAAACAGUUAAUUGUGGAUGUAUAUGACUGCUGGAAUGUUGUUGUCAUUGUUGUUAUGCCCCUCUUCGAAGAAGAAGGGGUACAUUGUUUUGCUGGAUGUCAGUCGGUCUGUCUGUCGGUAGAUCAGUUUGUUUCCGAUCAAUAACUCGUUAACGAAUGACCGAUUGGCUUGAUACUUCCCAUGCGCAUUGGCCUUGGACAGUAGAUGACCCCUAUCAAAUUUGGGGUCACUAGGUCAAAGGUCACUGUCACAAUUAGUGUGAAAAAAGUUUCCAUUCAAUAACUCAUCAACAAAUGGACCUAUUGGCUUUAUACUUCACAUGUGCAUUGGCCUGGAACAGUAGAUGACCCCUAUUGAAAUUGAGUCACUAGUUCAAAGCCCUGUUUUGGGGGACAUAUUUCUCCAACGCGGAACUCUUGUUACUUAUUGUGUUCCAUUUGCUGAGCAUAAUAUCGAUUGUUCUCAAAAGUCCCAUUUAUUUUUAUGUACUUAUUUGUACAUGGAUUCGAUUUUAUUUAUGUAUGUUCGGUUUUUAGUUUUAAUUUAUUGUUGAAUAGAAAAAGAUUACAUUCAAACUUUGUUCUCCUCUAAAAUUCUAGUUUUUUCUUCAGAUAAAAUAUAUUUAUAUCAUA